AUGAGUUUGAACCGCUUUCUUUUGAACGCCUUCCAAGCCAGACGGGCUCCCAUUCUUCGACGCACUUUCCACUCCACGACUCCAGCCACCAUGCCUCGUACCGCUGCGACAGAGGGCUUCAAGUUCAACCACACCAUGAUUCGUAUUAAGGAUCCGAAGUUGUCCUUACCUUUCUACAUGGAUACCCUCGGCAUGGACCUGGUUUCUGAGCAAAACAUGGGCGACUUCACCCUUUACUUCCUUGCCUAUGACCACGACGGGAUCGCCUCACUCCCAGCUGAGCAGAAGGCCAAGGCUCGUUUCAACCGCGAGGGCAUCCUCGAGCUCACUCACAACCACGGCACCGAGUCCGACCCAAACUUCCAAGGCUACGCCAAUGGAAAUUCCGACCCUGGUAGGGGUUUUGGCCAUAUCGCUAUUACCGUGAACAAUAUCGAGGAGGCGUGUGCGCGUUUUGAAAGCCUUGGGGUUCCCUUCAAAAAGCGUCUCACCGAUGGUAAGAUGAGGCACAUAGCCUUCAUCUUGGAUCCCGAUGGCUACUGGGUGGAGGUUGUUCCUCAGGCUCUGAAAUUGUAA